UAGUAAUAAAGUGAACCUUACGAAGUGCUCUUCGAUAUAAGUAGUCAUGUUCUGCCUUUCAAGAAGAAAUUAAUAAUAUUUCGCAUUAAUUGGAUUCGGAAGUGAAGAGUUGGAUUUACCAAAACAUAUCGAAUAUGGAGUUGAGUAGUGAAACAGUGACCUGUGUCGACAAUAGUGAUUUGCAAGCUGAAAGUGUAAAUGGCUCCAGUAUGAAUCUUUCCCUGCGCUCAUAUAAGAAAUGGUCACCUACAGAGCACGGAGCCACACUGGUUUGGAGAGAUUUAUGUGUUUAUGCUGCUCCUGGAAGUCAUUUUGCCAUAAGUAACUUUAAGAGGAUAAUCAACAACUCAACCGGAGCAAUCCAGCCAGGAACCUUGAUGGCGGUUAUGGGUGCAAGUGGAGCUGGGAAAAGCACUUUACUGUCAGCACUAGCCUAUCGACAACCAAUUGGCACAGUGGUUCAUGGUGAUAUCCUAAUCAACGGACGCAGGAUAGGACCUUUUAUGCACAAAAUAAGUGGUUUUGUACAUCAGGAAGACAUUUUCAUGGACAACUUAACCGUCGUGGAACACUUAACUUUCAUGGCUCAUUUGCGUUUAGACAGGCGAACGACAAAACAAGAAAAACUCACCAAAAUAAAUGACCUGCUUGAACAAGCUGGACUUCUAGCAUGCGCGAGCACACGCAUUCGGAGUGCCAUAGAUUCUAAAGUGCUAUCCGGCGGUGAACGAAAAAGAUUGGCUUUCGCAACAGAAUUAUUAACAAAUCCCAUUGUCCUGUUUUGCGACGAGCCAACAACAGGACUCGACUCAUAUAGCGCGCAACAAAUAAUCCAAACCCUUCAUUCGCUAGCAACUAAGGGCACAUCAAUAAUGUGUACCAUUCACCAACCCUCCAGUCAAUUGUUUGCCAUGUUUCACAAUGUCCUUUUGCUGGCCGAAGGAAGAGUUGCUUUUAUGGGUUCUCCUGAGCAAGCCUUAGCCUUCUUUGCUGCGAACGGACAUCACUGCCCUGAAACGUAUAACCCGGCAGACUUUUUGAUUGGAGUUCUCUCAACUGAUCCCGCUCAAGAGAAGGCUUCUCGGAUAGCAGCCCAACAUCUUUGCGAUUUAUUUGCUGUGAGCUCCGCAGCCAAAGAACGUGACACGCUCGUGAAUCUUGAAUUGCACAUGGCCGAGACGUCAAAUUUUCCUUUUGAUUCAGAAAUCUUACAUUUUGAAAAACCUGCAUGGAUGAUGAUACUCUACUUAUUAUGCCACAGGACAGUCUUAUCUGUAAACAGAGAUCCUACGUUACCAGUGAUGCGAAUACUCCAGAAAAUUGCAAUUGCUUUCUUGGCGGGUGUAUGCUUUGCUGGCUCCAUCUCCCUCACCCAGAAUGGAGUGCAAGCAGUCCAAGGUGCUCUAUUUAUCACGAUAUCUGAGAACACGUUUCAUCCAAUGUAUUCAAUUCUGGCCUACUUUCCUCAAGGAUUUCCUUUAUUUCUCCGAGAAAAAAGGUCAGGAAUAUACAGCACUGCGCAAUAUUAUAUAGCAAACGCUAUAGCGAUGAUACCAACCCUAAUUUUGGAACCAGUUCUAUUUGUACUGAUCAGUUAUUGGAUGAUUGGACUGCGGCCGACAUUUUAUGCGUUUGCUAUGACUACGGUGUUGACAACUCUUGUGCUGAAUACUGCAACAGCUUGCGGUAUUUUCUUCUCUACCGCCUUUGAUUCAGUUCCACUCGCAAUGGCUUAUUUGGUACCUUUGGACUAUAUCUUCAUGAUAACGUCUGGGAUUUUCAUCAAAAUCACCACCAUGCCAAUCAUUUUUUCGUGGUUAAAGUAUCUAUCUUGGAUGUUAUAUGCUAACGAGGCAUUGUCGAUCCUGCAAUGGGAGGGGAUUCAAAACAUAACGUGUACCGAGGACAUUGAGAACCUGCCUUGCUUACAAACGGGCCAAGAUGUCAUGGACAAUUACAACUUUUCUUUCGAAAGUCUAUAUAUGGAUAUCUGGGCGCUGAUAGUACUAUACCUAAUGUUUCACUUACUAAGUUAUUUAUUUCUUUGGAAACGUGCGAAACGAAUAUAAAACGAAAACUCAAAUUAUUAUCGGAUAAGUUUCGGUUUAAAUCCACAUUGCACACAACUUUUACGCAAACAGUGAGGUUUUCCUAAAUCACUUUAAUUUUAAUGAAUAAAAAAUUAUUCGC